AUGAAAAAAUGCUUUGGAAACAACAAUAGCAUCCUAGUUUUUCUUGACAUUGAUGGAAAUAUUCACUUCGAAGAGGAGGAGCGUUCGAAAAUAUAUGAAAUUAGUAAUUCUUAUGCAAAAAUUGUUGAUGCUUCUCAAUUUUGGACCGGCAAUGCUAUGAUUGUGGUUACAGAGGAAGGU